AUCGGGGUCCUUUCUGCUCGAUAAAGUAAUCUCGUUUGUGGCUGUUGGAGUUUAAUGUGACUUAUUAUGUUCAGUUUAGCCAUCAUGUAGCACAUUAACAUGGUAUUUAUUAGAUUGUGAAGGAGUGUAUAUCUACUCGAAGUUGACACAACGCAUACGGUACUAGUUUUCCAAAUUUCCACUGUGGUACUAGUAGCGGUAGUGACGGUUACAGGAGAGAAGUUUGUUAAUUGCUUGUAAAUUGUACUAAGAAAGUUGUCGAGCUGAAGGAUUACAUGCUACAAAGAUGACACUAGCCUGUAUCUCCUGCAGAGUUGCCUUGUCAUAUCAACAGCUUUAUCUGUCCCCAUUCGCUUGUGGCAGUGGUCCUAAUGCGCUUCACUGGGCAGCAUCCAGUGUCACCUUGAACUGUAGGCAACAAAGUACUUUAGCUGGAGGACACAACUCUGAGGCCUCCUCAUCAGAGUCACGAUCCACUUGGGCAAAAAAUAAAGCUGAAAAGGAGAAGAGACUACGAGAAAAGAUUUCUACUAUCAAAGCUAAGACUGCUGCUCAAGAGACCACCACUGAAGAUGAAAAGAAGCAGUGGAAGCAAAAGGAGACUUUUCUGUAUGACCUUCCAACACUACCAGGAGAGAAAAAAGAUACGUCGAUGCCCCUGCCACAAUCAUAUAGCCCUCAUUACGUUGAAGCCUGCUGGUAUUCUUGGUGGCAGAAACAGGGUUUUUUCAAACCAGAGUGGCAUAGUAAACAACCUCAUGCAAAGGUGCAGUUUUUUUCACUGUGUAUUCCACCACCUAAUGUGACUGGGUCCCUUCACCUUGGUCAUGCACUGACUGUUGCUAUUGAAGAUGCCCUCACACGAUGGAAGAGAAUGCAGGGAUGCAAAGUCCUAUGGGUUCCAGGAUGUGACCAUGCAGGAAUUGCCACACAGGCUGUUGUUGAACGCAAGUUAUUGAAAGAAAGAGGACUGCUGCGCCAUGAACUAGGACGUGAAGAGUUCCUUCAGGAAGUGUGGCGAUGGAAGGAUGAAAAAGGUGAUGAGAUUUACCAGCAGCUUAAACGGCUAGGAGCUUCUCUGGACUGGGACCGGGCCUGUUUCACUAUGGAUCAUGGUUUUUCUGAUGCAGUGACGGAGGCUUUUGUGCGCCUAUAUGAUGCAGGGCUGAUUUACCGCAGUCGGCAGCUUGUGAAUUGGUCCUGUGCACUAAAAUCAACUAUUUCAGAUAUUGAGGUAGAGUCUCAGAGUCUGUCUGGCCGUACUUAUCUUUCUGUUCCUGGGUAUGAGGAAAAACUUCCCUUUGGAGAAAUGAUAACCUUUGCAUAUAGAGUGCAAGACUCUGGUGAAGAAGUAGAUGUAGCCACAACACGACCAGAAACCAUGGUGGGAGAUGUUGCUGUUGCUGUCCAUCCAGAUGAUCAGCGCUAUACACAUCUUCAUAAUAAAAUGCUUGAGCACCCAUUCACUGGUCGCCUGAUGCCUGUGCUGCCUGAAGCUUCUGUGGACAAGGACCUUGGAACAGGAGCAGUAAAAGUCACUCCAGCACACGAUUAUGCUGACUACGAAAUAGGGCUCAAACAUAAACUUCCAGUUAUGUCUGUCAUCGGGGAGGAUGGUACCAUGACAGUUGAAAGCAUUCCAUGGCUGAAGGGACUGAAGAGAUUCCAUGCCCGGAAGAAAGUGAUUGACGCCCUUAAAGAAAAAGGACUGUUUCGAGGAUCCAAGGAUCACUCCAUGGUGCUUCCACUUUGCAGCCGUUCAGGGGAUGUGAUUGAGCCUUUGAUGAAGAGCCAGUGGUUUGUGAAUUGCCAGCUCAUGGCUGAGAAAGCCAUGGAGGCUGUUGACACUCAACAUCUGCAGCUCCUUCCAAAGUUUUAUGAAAAAAAGUGGAGAAACUGGCUGUCACAGAUCAGUGAUUGGUGCAUUUCAAGGCAGCUGUGGUGGGGUCACCAGAUUCCAGCCUACAAGGUCUCAUUUCCUGGAUCAGAGGACAUUGAAAAGAGUGAUUCUGGUUCUUUAUGGAUUGUGGGGCGUACACAGGCGGAAGCUCGAAGUAGAGCAGCAGAAACACUGAAGCGAAGAGAAGAGGAGUUGACUCUACAUCGAGAUCCUGAUGUCCUUGAUACCUGGUUCUCCUCUGGACUUUUUCCUUUUGCAAUGCUAGGAUGGCCUAAAGAGACUGCAGAUCUGAAGGAUUUCUACCCAAACUCUAUUUUGGAGACAGGAAGUGACCUCAUCUUUUUCUGGGUUGCCCGAAUGGUAAUGCUGGGACAACAGCUGACAGGCCAGCUUCCAUUUUCACAGGUAUAUUUUCACUCCAUGGUGCGAGAUGCACAUGGAAGGAAGAUGAGCAAGUCCCUAGGAAAUGUUAUUGACCCUCUGGAUGUCAUUUCAGGCAUCACCCUACAGCGACUUCAUGAGAAACUGCAAGAGGGUAACUUGGAUCCCCAGGAGAUGCUUAUAGCACAAGAGGGGCAGAAGAAGGACUUUCCUAUGGGUAUUCCAGAGUGUGGUACAGAUGCCUUGAGGUUUGCCCUCUGCUCCUUCAGCAGUCAGGGAGAAGACAUUAAGCUGGACAUAGGUGCUGUUCUGAGCACCCGUCACUUCUGUAAUAAAGUCUGGAAUGCCAUGAAGUUCACCCUUGCAGCCUUGGGAGAAGAUUUUGUACCACAGCCUGUAGAAAUGCUCUGUCUUGACUCUGCCAUUGAUCGUUGGAUCUGUAGCAGGCUUCACCAUGCAGUCUCAGUGUGUAACCAUGGUUUCCAGCACUACAACUUCCAUGCUGUCACCAAAGCUGUCCACAGUUUUUGGCUUCACAGUUUGUGUGAUGUUUACCUGGAGUGUGUGAAGCCUGUUUUACAGAGUGGCUAUGUGACACGAGUCCGCACCACCCAACAGGUCCUUUACUCUUGCAUUGAGACAGCACUCCAUCUGCUUUCUCCUUUCAUGCCCUAUCUGACAGAAGAGUUGUGGCAAAGGCUACCAAGACGGACUGGGGAGACAGCACCAAGCAUCUGUGUGGCAAGAUUCCCCAGUACUGAGGAACUGGUUUCUUGGCAUUGCCCAGAAGAAGAGGUCAAUUUCCAGCUAGUCCAGGAUGUGGUUCACGUUGUGCGGUCACUGAGGGCUGAUUAUCAACUUACUAAAGCACAUCCUAAAUUGUACAUUUCUUGCUCUCAGGAGAGCACUUGCCACAUAUUGGAAUUAUACCACGACCCUCUGCAGGUGCUUUCACGCUCUCGUUCAGUUAGGAUCUUCAUGUCUGGAGAAGAUGUUCCUAAUAACUGUGCAGUGGGCAUAGUCAAUGACCAGUGUCAAGUCUACAUGGCCUUAGAGGGACAGCUAGACUUCCAGAAGGAGCUGUGUAAAUUGCAGUCCAGGCUUCAGAAGCUAGAGGAGCAGCUUGCUGCUGCUGUGUAUCGUACUCAGGUGACUGGUUAUGAUGAGAGAGUCCCUGCUGCUGUUCAGCAAGAACAUAGUAAAAAGAUUUUGGCAUUGCAAACUGAGGUGGAAAAGAUAAAAUUGGUCAUAAGCCAUAUGCAACAAAUGGUGAAGAAUGCUACUUGAAAAGAUCUUUGUUCCUACAAAUUGAAAUGAAUUGUGUCACUUGGUAACCAAGGAUUUUUCAUGCUGUGGCCAUGUCAAGUGGAGAAAGGCUUUUGAGAACUUGUACUUACAUUAUCAGUCACAGGAGUUUUUCAAGAUAUAAACCUUACUCACCUAACAUAGCUUGUUACUAUAAACAUUAUUUAUGUAGUGUGACUGGUGGUGCUUGCCAUUUCCACAGGAGCUAACAGUGGAUUAAUUUUUUACUUAAAAUACGCUAAAUAGUGUUCCUGUCUAGAAAUACAGAUCAUGACUUUAACUAAUAUUCUGCCAAAGGCACAGAUCCCAGGUCUGUUAUCUGUGAUGAUGAAGAAUACCAGUGUGAUAAAUUAUAGCUUGUCAAUUAUUUGCAUGUGAUGCUUUCAAAUUAUACGUGGUAUUUCCAGUGUCACAGGUGAAUGUUCUCCUUGUUCUUUAUAUUCCUGUGAAAAGAAUUGCAGGUCUUCACUCUCUCUCUCUCUCUAUAUAUAUAUAUAUACACACACACACACACACACACACACACACACACACAUAUAUAUAUAUACACACAUAUAUGUACACACAGACAUGAUAGGACAGUAGUAUAAGUUGUGCUUUGUCUGCUAGCUGAAUCAUUUUGUGAAACCUCAUUGUAUUUAAUAUUUUUUCAGUGCAGGGAUAAUCACUUGUUUUGUACAGUCUCUCUAAUGGAUCCAACAAUAUUCUUGGAUUUCAGUAAAUACUUCUGUUUAUGAUCAACCUGAAGCAUAUGUUCACAGUUACUGUGAACUGUGAAAAAAAAACAUUAACUGGUGCAGAGUUAAGGAUUCAGUAGAGUACAGUAAGAAAAAGAGCUAUGUACCAAUUUACGUCUUGACCUUUUGGCUAAGACCAGGUCUGGUAUCUUUUCUUAUCAGUUUAAUUGGGAAGAAGGGCUGUAACAUAUCAGUCACAGGGAGGUUAGAAAGGAUUAGGAAGAUCGAUUGGAUAAGCAAUUCACAAAGAAACAAUGGUGAGAUAUGUAUGUUUCCCAAAUAUGCAGCAAAGUCUUGAAGGUUUAGCAUAUUUGCUUGGAAGAGUUUACAUAGGUUUUUUUAUAUCCGAAGUGGACACCAGAGAUUUUUUCCUUAUGUAGAUAGCAAGCAAAUGUUGGAGGUAUGUUGGGGAAGAAAGAGGUAAUUGGGAACAUAUUUUCUGGGAGUGUAAAGAGUUGGAAGACUUUAAAAAUUUCUUGCAGACACUUCUGUCAGAGAUAC